UCCAAUAUGGGAUGCGGAACUUGACUCCCUUCUGGAACUGUAACGGUGGAAGAUGCCGCCAUUGACAAAUGAUCUUUGAGCGCUUUUCGGUUCGCGAUGCCGCUCGCCAACAUUUGGCAAAAUUCAGCCGGAGCAUCAUGGCCAUCGCGCCGUCGAAAGGGCCUAGAGCAUGGCCUAAUAGUCGAGGGAAUAAAUAUCCUUGAUGGGACAAGCUCGUCACUAGGAUGUCUUGACUCUUGACCACCACUGAAAUCACACAUCCUGUUGAUUGAGCAGAGUGAGCCGACGCCAUGCAUAACGCAGUUCUCCUCAGCCUGCUCGCUGCAGUUGCCACGGUUGUGGCUGCGCCUGGCUGCACUCCAAAGCCUCCCGGCCAUGUGCACGCCUCGACGGGCGUCAUCAAGUGCCCGCUCGUCUUCGACGGCCGCGUCAAAACCACCACGCAGCUCGCCGACUUUGACAGCUACAGCACCUCGCUCUUCAACCCAGACUACGUCAAGGGCCAGAACCUGAAAUGGAGUCAGAUUAUCAAGUUCCCCGAGACGCCCAAUGCGCACUUUGACAAUGACACGUACAAGCCGUUCGAGGUGACCAUCAGCGACGAGAGCAUCUUCCAGAACCAGCGCGGCUUCAGGAGGGCCGGCCUGCAGUUCCAGGGCGACACCAACAACGGGAGCCCCGGCUCCAAGGGCGUCAAGACGAUUCACUUUAGCCUCAAGUGGGAUGCCCAGCGCGCCCUGAACCUCAGCCACGAGUAUCUGCUUGUCUGGCACGAGGCGGCCGAUUAUUCUUCAAAUCAGUUCAACUUCGAGGCCGGCACCAUCAUAGGCCAGACCAGCCUGCCCCGGGACACGUACAAGGUCCUGAACAGACGGAACUCGCAGAUCUGGUCGACUCCCAUUUUGCGCAACGACUGGCAGAACUUUGCCAUUACUCUGGACUUCAACAGGAACACCCUCCAAGUGUACUACUCCAAGGGCGACGAGCCCCUGAAGAGCGUUACCAACGCCGUGUCCAACGACAAUUCGGGCGAGGGGCAGUACCAGGUGGGCAUGCUGAAGAAGCCCACGGGCACGAGCGACGUGGUCAACUCGGGCUAUCAGCAGCGCAAUCUCAACGAGGGGCUGAUUUACGGAAGCCUGUUUGUUGAAGACAGCGCAAACGCCUGUGUCUCGGUGUAGAGGCCUGCUCAGGGGUUGCAGCACAAGGAGGUAGACGUGUGACGAAUCAUAUAUAUGUCUGUUUAGCACGACAAGUGACUCCUCCAUCUUGAGCACCAGAGUAGCUUAUGAUCAUCACCCACUGGCCCGUACUCAAGAUUGAGUUUGCCGCCCUCGUGUCCGAGUCCCGGCGAAUACAAGAUUUCAACCACGAGACCACGAAGUAGUGGCCGCCUUAUCAUCGUACAUACUGUACCUUGGCGUUGAAGACUUCGCUGCGAGGGAGACGGGAGGCUGCUAGUCCGUCAUUCCUGUACAGUACUGUACAGUACAGCACUUACAUACCCAGCUGUUAGUGUAAGCCAAGUUUUGUAUGUAAAAAUCGGCCUCUCUACUACUUCUCUUAACAGAACAAGGUCUGGAUGUAUUUACAGUACAC